AUGAGACGCAAAACACUGCGGUCUCUUUUCCACCUCACCGUCCUGGGCGGUAUCUUCCUCCUCCUCUUCCUCAACCGCCCAACCUCCCGCACCAAAACGUUCCCAUGGACACACAUCCGCUACAAAUCGUCCUCCCCCAUCCCGCCCUCCCGCGGAAGAUGUCCCGGUCUAAGCAAAACCACCAAACCAGCCCUGGUGGUCUCCCGCGUCACAGCAGACGGUGACCCCUCCUGGCUUGAUUCUCUAUCCAAAACCUACCACCUCUGCAUCUACACCGUCGACAGUCCCACCCCCAGCGCAUCCACGCUGCAAACAACUACGAGUCCAUCCCCGCCGCAGGCGUCGUCUUCGUACACGGCUCGCGCUGACGCCUGGCACAACGACCACCCAGCGUACGAUAACGCCGCGCUCCUCGCCUCGCUUAACAUCCCCGCUGCGCUGGAACAUCACGGGUACCAUAAUCUCCGCUGCGACUGGAGCGUGAGCACGUGCGCCGCGUCGGCCGCGCCGCAGGGGAGUCUGGAGAACCGGGUGCAGUCUGUGCUUGAGCCGUGGAGUGCGCGCGCGGCGUCGGAUUCGGCGCUGCCGGCGGCGCUGGGGGUGUUGUUUGGUGGGAACGAGCGGGAGGGGUUCCUUGCUGCGAAGCUCGGGCGCAACGACGCGGUGCGGUCGCAGUGCUGUGCGCAGUUUGUUGUCGCCAGGAAGAAUAUCUGGCGGCAUUCUCGCGCGGAGUAUGUUGCGUUGCGGCAGUGGUUGCUUGAUGGGAUGGGGGCUGGUCCUUCGCGGCGGAAGGGGGCUGGUCCUUCGCGGCGGAAGGGGGCGGCCCCGCCGGAUGAUAGGGUUGCUGGGAGGAUUUUGUCGUAUAUUUGGCAUAUUCUGUUUAUUGACCCGGAGGACUUAAGGGCAGGGACUGGAAAUGGGGUGGAUUUGGGGCUGUUGAAUGAGCAGGCGUGCCCGAGGGCCGACGAGUGUUAUUGUCGGUUGUACGGACUGUGUAAUCUGCGAUGUACGAGCCCAGGCAGUUGCCGGGGGCAGUACACAUUGCCCAAGGAUUUGAAGUUACCAGCCGACUGGGGAGAGACCCAGUCACAUCUUAAAUGA